UUGGUUUACCUAAAGAUAAAUAAAUAAAUAAAAGCGAGCGCUCAUACGGAAUCAAUCAUUUCACUUUGUGCAAGCAGCUCAGUUGGCUCGUGUUUUACUUAGUAUUUUUAUAAAGUCAUAAGAUUUUUUUAUUGCAAUGGCUGACCGUCAACCUUACAUGACUAAUGGAAUUCAGGCAGCAGUGGUAGAAUGGAUUAGAGCUUUGGACUUAGAAAUAAUAAGCCUAUUACUGUCAAGGGCUUGGCCAAUGGCAUUAUUAGCUACUAGCGAACUUCGAUGGAGACCAACUGUAUUAACAGAUACUGAUAACGUUGUAAGACUGGAUAGGAGGCAAAGAUUAGUUAGAUGGGAUAGAAGACCGCCAAAUGAGAUAUUUUUAGACGGAUUUGUUCCAAUUGUAACCAGAGAGAAUCCUGAUUGGGAGGAAACAGAUUUGUAUGGUUUUGCGAAAAAUAACCAUCCAUCCAUCUUUGUUUCAACAACAAAAACACAAAGAAACAAAAAAAAGUAUGUUUGGACACCGAGAAAUGCCAACCGGGGUAUAGUAUAUCAAUAUGAAAUUUAUGCCCCUGGAGGAGUUGACGUAAACGAUUCCUUCUCAGAUGCAUCGCCAUGGCCUAAUCAAAUGGAGGUUGCCUUUCCUGGAGGAAUACAAAAUAUAUAUAUUCGAUCAGCAAGGGAACUACAUAACGGACGCAUUCAAAGAAUUUGGAUAAAUCCCAAUUUCCUGGAUCCCGGUGAUUUAGAACCCAUUGUUUCUUCUUCAAGAACUCCUCAAGUCAUAUGGAGAAUGAAUCACCCUGAUGGCGGUCAUAGAGAUCAACGUUCUGAGAGAUCAGCCAGCUCUUAUGAUGACUUGAUGUACGGUGGUACAGGUAAUGUACAAGAGGAUACGUUUGGCGAUGAGCCUAACCCAAAACCAAUUGCAGCUGGUGAAUUUAUGAUUGAAAGUAUAAAAGACAAAAACUCAUUUUUAGAUUUAAGUAAAAAUGUCAAUGGUGGAAUAAUUCACAGCAACGUAUAUAGUGGCGGGGAUAACCAAAUAUGGGUAUUUAGUUAUGAUGAUAAUAAAAAGGCUUACAAAAUACAAAGUUAUCAAAAUUCCAAUCUUUAUUUGAGCUGGGAUAGUAAUGCUUCGUCGAAAGAAAUGAUUCUCCGAGGAUAUACAAAUAGCGGCAGCAAUAAUCAAUACUGGCAAGUUGAACAGACCGGUAAAAAUUACAGACUUAGGAAUCUUCUUAACCUAGAUAUGAUUAUAACAGCUCAGGAUAAACCUAGUGCAUUUGGUGGAAAAGAAGUUAUUGUAAAUACUGAAAUAUCUAAUUCUAAUACAAAAAUAUCCCAGGAAUGGAAAAUGAUUCCUUUCGAUUUUCGGCCGAUUAUAGAUGGCGAUUAUAAUAUAUUUAAUGUUGACCUAUCGAAUCAAGUUGUCGACUUUAGUAAUCAACCCGAUUUAUUGGUCCACGGUCAUAUAUUUUGUGACAAUGAAAAUCAAACUUGGCACUUUACUUACAAUAGUACCUAUCAUGCUUAUAAAAUUUGGAGUGGUCGAAAAUCAAAUCUUUUGUUGACUUGGGACAGUAACGCUGCGUCAAAAGAAAUGGUUGUUCGAGCAUAUACAGAGAGUAGGAGUAAGAAUCAAUAUUGGCGUAUCGAACAAACCGGCUCUAAGUCUUAUAAACUUAGAAAUUUGGAAAACUCAAGUAUGAUUUUAGGUUUAACUAGAGUUAGCACUCCAUAUGGUGGAUUAAAUUUAAUGGUUGAAGAUGAUUCUGAUGGUCAUUCUGAUCUACAUUCAGAUUGGGAUAUUAAACCCAUCUUUUAUCAGGACAUUCCAGAUGGCGAUUAUAAUAUAUUCAAUGAUAACUUCCCAAAUAUAGCCAUUGACUUUACCAACCAAGAGGGUUCUUUGAUUCAUGGUCAUAACUUCUGUAGCAACAAUAAUCAAAAAUGGUCAUUUGUCUUUGAUGGAAAGAGAAAAGCUUACAGAAUAAAAAGCGGCGUACGUUCAAACCUUUGGUUAAGCUGGGAUAGCAAUGCCUCAUCUAAAGAAAUGGUUCUUCGUGCUUAUACAGAGAGCGGGAGUUCGAACCAAUAUUGGCGUCUUGACGAAGCCAAUGACGGAUCAUACAGAAUAAGAAAUCUACAGGACUAUUAUAAGUUAAUAGCUCUAACUAAUAAAAAUACCCCUUAUGGAGGCAAAGAACUUAUAGUAUCAGAUAAUAAAGAAAGUGGCAACACUUGGUAUCUCAAAAAACUAGGGGAAGUACCUCUUCCAAAUAGAAAAUUUAGAAUUGCAACUAAACUGAAUUACAAAAAAGUAAUAGAUUCAAGUACAUCUUACAACUUGAUUAUUACUCAUGACCUAAAUUUUGCUUCUAGCAUAUGGGAGCUUGUAUAUGAUUCUAGUAAAAAAGCAUACAAUAUAUAUUCCUCGGACAUCAAUAACUUAGGUUGGAUAUACCAAAAUAAAAACUUUUUUGUUAAGCUGGGCAAUAUAGAUGGUCCUGAUCAUGGAGAUCUGAGAUAUUUCUGGACGAUAGAAUAUAGCAUGCAAACUGGUUGCUAUUUAAUAAGAAGCUUACAUGACCCGGCUAAUGCAGUUGGUUAUACUGACAGCGAGUCUGUAAUCACCGAUACGUCAACAUAUUCGGAUAAUCAACUAUUUCAUUUCAUUCUAAUGUAAGAAUUAGAUGCAGUUACUCACUACUACAGACUCACACUACAAUACUCAUCAUGGUAAACAGUAAUUUAAAAUGGAAAAUUGGUUAAAUUAAAAUCAUAAUAUCAUUUAAUAAAUAUAAGGGCCUGUUUCACAAUGUUCCAAAUAAGCUAUUUAUUACUAAUUGGUAAGAUAAAUACUAUUGUUGCGUUUCACGACUGUCAGAUAGCGCUAUUCGUCAUGAAACGCGAAGUUUCUUAUUCGGAACUUAAAUCUUCCGAAUAAUUUAAGUGUUGAAUAGCUAUUUGAUACUUUAUCCAUACAUUGUGAAACAGGGCCUAAGUCUCAUAAAAUUGGCAGUCACAAUGACAUAGUGGUUCACUAUCGCCCUCUUAUAUGUAAAUGUAUUAUGUAAAUGAUAAAUUUAUGUGAACUGGAACGAAUUUCAUCCGAGCACUAGGAACCUUACAUUAUCAUUCAACUUAUAGCAAGGCCUUAGUCAAAAGCUUUCCUUUAAUGUACUUGACAUAAUUUGAAACCUUCAUAUCGUAUCUUACUAGAGAUUUUGUUGAAAAAACGAAUUACUUGGAAAGAAUUACUCGCUUUAUAUAAUUUUAUUAAUUAAGCAUAACCCAUAGCUGGUACAGAUAGCUUUUAUGAUAACUUAAAUAUCAGCUACUUUACAAAUGAACACCCUAAAACAUACCACUGUGACAAUGUCUAAUAUGAGCUUUGGUAUAUUCUCGACAAUAUUCUUAGCCUAUGUGAAAGACUUUUCCUUAUGUGGGCCCACAAUAGUUUACUACAAUGAUCUUCAAUUUUAAUUUGAGCAUUACUACAUUUAACAUGUGUUGCUGGAAAAUAAAUAUAUUGUAUCUUCCUUUCGAUUAGCUUAUGAAUAUUUGUAAAAAACAAUGAUGAGAUAAAGUUAUGUUUCAAAUUCUCUAGUAAUGAAUUUCAUCGUGACACUUUUAAUAAUAGCUCUUUCAAGAAAUGACGAGUUUUAUACUCAUUUAUAUAAACAUAAACGAGAAAGUAUGAAACCUUGACGUUCAUCAUAGACUAUAUGAGUGAUGUCGUUCCAAUUUCAUUUAAGUUUGAUUUAAUUAUAUUCCAAAUAUUGAAUUUUAAGUGCAUUAUUUAAUUUCGCCAGGAACUAUUCCAUACAUUCACUAAAUAAUAUAUUUAGAUUUUAAUUAUUAGUUUUAAAUUGUUUGUAAUAAUAGUGAUAUUGCGUUUUCAUUUCUUUCCCAUUAGUUAUGCAUGAGCCAUCCUCUCAUAUCAUCCUCUUUAUAUCAACGUUCAGAUGUGGAAACAGAUUGCUCUUAAAUUCAAUGUUGUGUAAUUUUAAAUGCAAGUGUAUGUCAAUAAACUUUAUUUACUAUUA